UUUAGCCCUUUAUCUGGAGAAGCUGUGGACAGGCUGGCAAACUGACAGGCCUUUAAUAUGAUGCUGAUACCAUAUUAAAAACAUUCACUAAUUGAUCCUAAUUGUCACACUAGGAAAGGAGAGAGUGAGGAAAAUGUGUUGAGUGUAAAGUUGUCAGUCGGGGAAUAACACAGGGCUGUGAAUGAGCCCCGUCACUGUGAUCAGGCUCCUCCUUCUAAUCCACCAACUUAGUGUUGAUGAAGACUAAACAGAGAGAUCACAGCCUUCUUUAUACUUGCUGGAGCUCACAGUUCCUCAACACUGCAGAUAUGACGCCUCUGUUCAUCUCAGUGUUGCUGGCUGCUGUGUGCCUUGAAUGCAGAGCACAAAAAGACAACGUGCUGCAACCAGAAGGAGACGUGACUGCUGCUGAAGGAGACACAGUAACACUUGGCUGUCUAUAUAACAGCAGUUCAACAAAUAAUUAUCUCUUCUGGUACAAACAGGAUGGAAACAACAGCCCCACAUUUAUACUGAGACGCUUUAAGAUCGGCGAGGGGAAAACAGAGGACGAGUACAAGGAGAGAUUUUCAUCCACACUGGAUUCCACCUCAAGAUCAGUUCCUCUGAAGAUCCAGAAGCUUCAGCUGUCUGACUCUGCUGUGUACUACUGUGCUCUGCCUGUACGAGAGGAAGUCAGUGAAAGAGAAGGACAAUCUGUCACACUCACAUGUAACUAUCAGACAACUGCUACUAAUAUUCGCCUUGACUGGUACAAACAUCAUUCUGACCUUCAGGCACCUCAGUUUAUACUCUGGAAAGGAGCAAAAUCGUACACAGAGGAAUAUAUUCCUGAUAGAAGAUAUGAAUCUGAAACAUCAGCAACAUCAACUACACUGACCAUCAGAGAUCUAACCCUGGCAGACACAGCUCUCUAC